AUGCUGCACGACGCGAUUGUGCAGUCGGACGUGGGGUUCGCCGAGAAGAUCAAACGCACCCACCGUGACCCGAAAGCGCGAAUGCAAACUGUCUGGAACGCCUGCAAGGGGAAGAUGAUGUGCGAGACGGAUGAUCCUAAGGACGAUCCUGAUGGCCCGGAAAAUGACGAGCCGAAGAAGGGUCAUGGGGGUUGUGGUGCUGCACAGCCGUUGAUUCGAAAAGAAGGCCUCAAGCUCUUCGUGCAAUACAAGAGGUCGAAGGACGACGAUGAGGAGGUGAAGUCGUUGCAGCCAGACAAGCGGCUCUUCCCUCCGCACGAAGUUUACACGGCAUUGAAGAAGAUUUCUGACGCUGACCUGCACAUGUUGGGCCUCUCGGAGGACUACGCGCGGCCGGAAUGGAUGAUCUUGACCGUUAUGCCCGUACCGCCGCCCCCUGUGCGACCGAGCAUUGCGGUAGACGGUGGCACGAUGCGGAGCGAAGAUGAUCUGACAUACAAGCUGGGCGAUAUCAUAAAGGCGUCGCAAAAUGUCCGCCGUUGCGAGCAGGAGGGUGCUCCGGCUCACGUCAUCACCGAAUUCGAGCAGCUCCUUCAGUUCCACGCCGUGAAAGCUAUCCGCGCUCGUCUGAAGGGUAAAGAGGGCCGGCUGCGGGGCAAUCUGAUGGGCAAACGUGUGGACUUCUCCGCGCGUACGGUCAUUACUGGCGAUCCGAACCUCGAGCUUGACGAGGUUGGCGUACCGAAGAGCAUCGCCAUGAAUCUGACCUACCCCGAGCGUGUGACGCCGUACAAUAUCGCAUACUUGCAGGAGCUUGUCAGGAACGGCCCGACCGCAUACCCGGGUGCACGAUACGUUGUUCGGGACACGGGAGAGCGGAUAGACCUCCGGUACAACAAGCGCGCAGACGCCUUCCUGCAGUACGGCUGGAUCGUCGAACGACACCUGAGGGAUGGAGAUUUCGUUCUCUUCAAUCGGCAGCCUAGUCUGCACAAGAUGAGUAUGAUGAGCCAUCGAGUCAAACUCAUGCCAUACUCUACUUUCCGGUUAAAUCUGUCCGUCACGCCUCCAUACAACGCCGAUUUCGAUGGUGACGAAAUGAACAUGCACGUGCCACAAAGCGAGGAGACUCGUGCUGAGUUGAGUCAAAUCGCCUGGGUGCCCCGACAAAUCAUCUCGCCACAGGCUAACAAACCCGUCAUGGCAAUCGUGCAAGAUACGCUUUGCGGUAUCCGCAAGUUUACCCUGCGCGAUUCGUUUCUCGAUUGGACCCAAGUGCAGAAUAUCCUUCUAUGGGUGCCAGACUGGGACGGCUCUAUACCGACGCCUGCCAUCAUCAAGCCUAAACCUUUGUGGACCGGCAAACAGAUCCUCAGUAUGUGCAUACCCCGAGGUCUCAACGUCUUCCGUUCGCCGGAUCCCAAGUCCGCAAACCCCGUCUUCGAUGACGGCAUGAAUGUCGAGAACGGAGAGAUCAUCUUCGGCAUCGUUGACAAGAAGACCGUGGGAGCGUCUCAAGGCGGUCUCAUCCAUAUCUGCUUCCGCGAGAAGGGUCCAGAGGCUACGAGGACCCUGUUCACGGGUCUGCAGCAGGUCGUGAAUUAUUGGUUGUUCCACAACGGUUUUAGCAUCGGUAUCGGCGACACCAUCGCGGAUCGAAACACGAUGGAGCAUAUCAAGGAGCAGAUCUCGAUCCGGAAGCAGAGCGUCGUCCAAGCCAUCGAGGACGCCACGCACGAUCGUCUCAAAGCCGCGCCUGGCAUGACCAUCCGAGAGUCCUUCGAGAGUCGAGUGGAGCGAGAGCUCAACCUGGCUCGUGACCAGAACGGGCAGUACGCGCAAAAGGCCUUGAAGGAGGAUAACAACGUGAAGCAGAUGGUAACCGCCGGAUCCAAGGGGUCCUUCAUCAACAUCUCCCAGAUGGCGUCGAUACCAUUUGGUUUCCGCCACCGGACGCUUCCGCACUUCACCAAGGACGACUUUAGCCCGGAAGCUCGCGGAUUCGUUGAGAACUCGUACCUUCGUGGUCUGACGCCACAGGAAUUCUUCUUCCACGCCAUGGCUGGACGAGAGGGUCUGAUCGAUACCGCUGUCAAAACAGCGGAGACGGGUUAUAUCCAGCGGCGUCUCGUCAAGGCACUCGAGGAUGUCGCGGUAUGUUACGAUGGAACGGUCCGAAAUUCCCUCGGCGAUCUCGUUCAGUUCGUGUAUGGCGAAGACGGCAUGGAUGGUGCAUUCAUCGAGCGCCAAAACAUCGAGACGUUUGCUCUGAACGACCGCGAAUUCGCCCACAACUACCGCGUUGACGUUACGGAUCCGUCUGGAGGUUUCCUACCCGGAGUACUCCAGGCUGGCUUGGACGACAGUUCUCUGGAGCUGCAAGGGAAGCUUGACGAGGAGUACGACCAGCUCGUCCAAGAUCGCCGCCUGCUACGCGAAUUCGUAUUCCGUUCUCAGGAUCCCAGUGUCCCUCACCACCUUCCCGUCAACCUUCAGCGGAUUGUACAGAACGCGAUACAAAUCUUCCAUAUCGACCGACGCAAACCAAGUGACCUCGACCCCGCUUACAUCAUCGACUCCGUGCGCGAGCUGGCAGAGCGCCUAGUUGUUGUUCGUGGCGAUGGUCGUAUCUCGCAGGAGGCCCAGAACAACGCAACUCUCCUGUUCCGCACUCACCUUCGUGCUACGUUCGCUGCGCGGAGAGUCCUGGAGCGCUUUCACUUGAACCAGGAAGCAUUCGAGUGGGUUCUUGGCGAAGUCGAGGCGAAGUUCAAUCAAUCCGUGGCGCACCCAGGCGAGAUGUGCGGUACGCUCGCAGCGCAAUCUAUCGGUGAACCGGCGACGCAGAUGACGCUGAACACGUUCCACUAUGCCGGUGUAUCCAGUAAGAACGUCACGCUCGGUGUGCCGCGGUUGAAGGAAAUCAUCAACGUCGCGACGAACAUCAAGACGCCCUCACUCUCCGUGUUCCUCGCACCGCACAUCGCCAAGGACAAGAUUCUUGCGAACGGAGUUCAACAGGAGUUGGCAUACACGUCUCUGCGCACUGUCACGGCGGCGGUGGAGAUCUGGUAUGAUCCCGAUCCGACUUCCACCAUCAUCGAGGAGGACAGCGUUUUCGUCGAGUCGUUCUUUGCAAUCCCCGACGAGGAGGUUGAACAGAAGCUACACCUCCAGUCUCCGUGGCUCUUGCGUCUGGAGCUGGAUCGUGCGAAGAUGAUCGAUCGUAAGCUGACGAUGUCCUACGUCGCUGGUCGGAUCGCGGAGAGUUUCAAGACUGACCUGUUCGUCAUUUGGAGUGAAGACAACUCCGAGAAGCUCAUCAUUCGCUGCCGUGUGUUAGGUGGUGCCGACAAGGACGAGGAUGGUAUGGAGACCGUGGAAGAGGAUAUCUUCCUUCGACAACUCGAGAACACUAUGCUGAACUCAAUCAGCCUGCGUGGUGUACCCGGGAUCAACCGCGUGUUCUUGCUCGAGCACGACAAAGUUGUCAUCACCGACGAGGGCAGCAUCAAGGCCCACCAGGAGAAAGAGUGGGUUCUCGAGACGGACGGUGUCAAUCUCAAGACCGUCAUGACCGUCGACGGCGUGGACUUCCGGCGAACGUACUCAAACAGUUGUGUCGAGAUCUUCAAUGUACUCGGUAUCGAAGCUGCCCGCGUCGCCAUCAUGAAGGAACUCCGUGGUGUCAUCGAGUUCGACGGGUCCUAUGUCAAUUAUCGACAUCUAUCGUUGCUGUGCGAUCUCAUGACACAUCGCGGUACACUGAUGGCUAUCACCCGGCAUGGAAUCAAUCGAGCUGACACGGGCGCGCUCAUGCGGAGUUCGUUCGAGGAGACCGUCGAGAUCCUGAUGGAGGCGGCUGCAGUUGGCGAGAGAGAUGACUGCCAUGGUAUCGCGGAGAACGUCAUAUUCGGGCAAAUGGCACCUAUGGGAACUGGCGCGUUUGACGUCGCCCUGGACAUUGAUAUGCUCAAGGAUGUGAUUGUAGACCACCGGCUGCCUGUGCAGACCCUCAUGGCGGCUCAAGUCGACGCUGGCAUGACGCCGGGUCAAGUGGCUAUGACCCCUUACGAUUCCAACUCGCCGACAUGGAACGCCGAUGCUUCGUUCAAAGGAGAAGCCGCUGCGUUCUCACCACUUGCUGUCAAUGGUGGUGAAGACCCAGCGAACUUCUCGUAUCUCGGGUUCGGGCAGAGCCCCAUGGGUGCUGGAGGCAUGUCGCCAGCGGCCCCCGGAUACAGUCCUAGCUCGCCGAAUGUGUAUUCGCCGACGUCUCCGUAUGUACCACCAUCGCCAUACGGUGGUGCGACCUCCCCGUUCGGCACCUCGCCCUACGCAACGUCACCAUUCUACGACCGAGCCCGUGGACCAACCUCGCCUACAUACUCGCCGACGUCCCCAGCUCUGAACCUCACAUCGCCGGGAUACUCACCCACGAGUCCUCGCUACUCACCCACUUCGCCAUCAUUCUCCCCGACGUCGCCUCGAUACAGCCCGCAGUCCCCGUCGUUCAGCCCAACGUCGCCACGGUACUCACCAACGAGUCCAUCGUUCAGCCCGGCUUCACCGAGAUACUCUCCGACGUCUCCUGCCCAGAUGUCUCCUUCGUCGCCGAAGUAUUCACCGACCUCGCCAGCGUCACCCGCAUCUCCCAAGUACUCACCGACGUCGCCAACCUACUCGCCAGCUUCCCCUGCAUACUCUCCUGCGUCCCCCGCGUACAGUCCGACGUCGCCGCAAUGGUCGCCAUCGAGCCCGGCACAGCAGCCGCCACCGCCACCGCAGCAGAACGGGUCUGCCUCUCGCAAUCACUCAUACAGCACCUCACCGUCCUGGGAGUGA